AUGUCAACCGUCGGUCUUACACGCAAUGCGCCGCAGGACUCAGUGGGCAAAGUAGCCACGCUAUGGGCAGGUCCUGGGGAAGCAUCCAAUGCCACCGCCUCAGUCGAUGACAAUGUCGCCUAUCGAUUUGUCCUCGACAACAAGGUCCAAACCAUUUCCAGCAACAGUAUCCCGAAAAGUGGCGUGGUCUCAGGACUCCUGUUCGUGCCCGAUUUAGAUUCGCAGGAUCCUUGCUACAACGACACCUCCUCAUAUGUGCCUUCGAACGCCACCCGCUAUGACGACGUUUCUGGCUUUGGUUACUCUCUCAUCGGCCUCGCUCCGUGGGUAUCUGCCGAGUGUUCUCUCUCCUACCUAUCCGCUGGACAAAAAGUCGGCACCCAUGCCAUGGUCUUUUAUGAACCGACAAAUAACGACACUGGUCUCCCACCUGAUUCAAACGAUGCGCGUUGGAAAAUCAAUGAUGGGGAAAAGUGGAGGAUGGAAAACGACUACCCGGUAUAUGCCAUCCCAGGUCCAGCAGGAACCUCGUUGAUACGUGAUCUUGCGCACUUUUCCGGGAACACAACGCACGAGAAGAGAGAAGUUGUGUCUGGGAGUGCACGGUUGUUCGGUCGUCUUGAAACUGGAGAGGAGACAGGAAACAUGCCCAGUCUUUGGAGCUUUGUGCUUGCGAUUGCGGGAACAGUCCUGGUUCUCAGCCUCUUGUUGGUUGUGAUCUAUCGUCUUGUUCUCCGCAAAAGACGUGACCAGCUCCAAAGACGUAUCGCCGCGGGCCAGGUCGAUGUUGAGGCUUUGGCAUUGAACCAGACAAAGGCGCCUCAAGAUGUGGUUGAUAAGAUGCCACUUUAUACGUAUCUUGACAUCAGCUCAUCAUCAGAGUCAUCUCUCCAUCGCAAGAGCACAUCGGAUGAUGAGGCUGAACAGAAGGCCGUCGUUGUCGAGAAUAUCAGCCCGCCACCUGCGGAACAUCAUGCGGAAGAAGAGAACCGAACUCUGCGCAAUGUUGGACUCCGAAAGCCACAGGCAGCAGUUGUCAAUCCCGCAAAGCAAGAGACCGAUGAUGCUACCCGCAGCAAGUACAGACUGAGUCAUACUCAAACAACCUGUGCGAUCUGCAUCGAUGACUUCGUGGCUGGAUCAUCAGUAGUUCGCGAGCUGCCUUGUGGACACAUCUUUGACUCGGAGUGCAUCGAUCCCUUCCUGACAGACAACAGUUGUCUCUGCCCUCUCUGCAAGAAGAGUGUCUUACCAGCUGGAUCAUAUUAUAUCUCUGUGACCAAUGAAAUGCGUCCACACAGUGGGCGGCCUCUGCCUACCUACUCUUCCUUCACUCGAACUUUUCGCGACAACGACAACCGACGACCUCGUAAAGCCGACAAGAUGGGUGCCCUCAAGUACGUGGAAGAAAUCCAAAAGAAGAAGCAGUCCGAUGUGAUUCGCUUCCUGCUGCGCGUCCGAUGCUGGGAGCUCCGCCAGCUGAACGCCAUCCACCGUGCCUCGCGCCCCUCGCGCCCCGACAAGGCUCGUCGUCUCGGUUACAAGGCCAAGCAGGGUUACGUUAUCUACCGUGCCCGUGUCCGCCGCGGUGGCCGCAAGCGCCCUGUCCCCAAGGGUGCCACCUACGGCAAGCCCACCAACCACGGAGUCAACCAGCUCAAGUACCAGCGUGCUCUCAAGUCUACUGCUGAGGAGCGUGUCGGCCGCCGCGCCGCUAACUUGCGCGUCCUGAACUCCUACUGGAUCAACCAGGACUCCACCUACAAGUACUUCGAGGUCAUCCUCGUCGACCCCCAGCACAAGGCCAUCCGCCGUGAUGCCCGCAUCAACUGGAUCUGCGCCCCCGUCCACAAGCACCGCGAGUCUCGUGGUCUCACCGCCACUGGCAAGAAGUCCCGUGGUAUGAACAAGGGUCACCGCUACAACAACACCAAGGCUGGUCGCCGCCACACCUGGAAGCGCCAGAACACCCAGAGCUACUGGCGUUACCGUUAAGUGCGUUAGUGCACUUUAUAAGCGGGUUGGGU